AUGGCGGCGGGCGGCAGGCCGCGCGCCCAGGCGGCCUUCUGCACGCGCUGGCGGCGCGGGCGGCUGGUGCUUCUCGCCGCCGCCGCCCUCCACGGCUUCGGCGGGGGCCCGGGCGGCCUCCGCAGGCAGGAGUGCGUGGUCAUCCAGGUGUGGAACUGCCUGGCCACCCAGCCGGUGCCCUGCCGCCGCUCGCCGUCGCUCCUGGACGCGCCGGUGCCGCCGGCGUGCCGGCCCGGCAAGCCGGUGGCGGCGGUGGAGGUGCGGGCGGGGGGCGCGGCCUGGCUGCAGCUCGUGGGCGGCCGGCGGCUCUUCGUGCCCCGCGCGCACGCGGUGACGGGAGCGCCACUCUUCGAGCCCGCCGCGGCCGUGGACGCGGGAGGAGCAGCCGCUGGGCGAGUUCUGGCAGCUGCUGGAGGGCCACGGGCGGCGGGAGCUGCGGGAGGCCGAAGCCGAGUACCUGGCCGAGGUGUCGGCCUGGGAGGCCUACGACAGGGGCGCGGGCCAGGCGGUCGCUGA